AGGAAAUGAAGAUUCGACCCACUUGAAUUUUCCUUUCCUACACCUUUUUUAAAGCCCCCUCAAAUUCAAAAGAAGAAUCAUCGCCAGCCUUCUCAUAUCGUCGUAACAAGACUAGUACAGCUUUUAUCUUGAUCGUUCGUCAUGACAAAAUUCCAAAAAAACACCUCCAUCAUCCAUCUUCAUAGUCUUAAAAAAGAUGGGACGGUCCAAGAAAGGAAAGAGCGAUCGGUCGUGCGCAUCUCGUACAGCCGGAAAGGCCACCAGUUGUACAGCGGCCGUAGCGGGCGCGGUGAAGUUCGGCGCAACAGGGGAAAAUCCGUCCUCGGCCACUGUUGGUCCUUGUGCUGGUGCCGCGUGCUUCCAGCCCAUGGAAUCUGGUAAUGUCCCAUAUCAGUCUCGUUUUUAAAGUUUUUCUUCGAUCUGGUAAUGCCCCAUAUCAGUCUUGUUUUUUUAAUUUUUUCUUCUUGUCAUGUAUAGUCGAGGCGUGCUGCAAAUCUAGGCUGGCUUUGCCUUUUUGUAAUGUACUAGAGGCUUAGAAGGUCCAGCGACACACAAAGAGCACUAAGAAAGUAACCACUUACAACUUUCCUUCGAUUCAAUCCCCACAUGGAAGGUAAUGCGCAAGAGUCGGAUGACGAGGAGGUCCGAAAGUUGAAGGCCACGAUUGAGGUGCUAUCGUCUACACGCACUUUUGGCGUAGAGGACCCGGCGGUGCGUAAGAUGAUUCAAGACGAGGUGAAGGCGCAGUAUGAUACUCAGACGCAAGGGCCGACGCGUAUGCUUGAUGCAGAUUUCGUGGCAAAGGUGGACGUGGAGAAGAAGGCUGCACAGGCCGCAUCGGAGGCGGCGAUGCGUGAUAUGAUUCGAGAUCUGGGGGAGAAGUAUGCUGCUCAGACGGAAGAUCUGAAGAAACAGCAUGCUACCCAGAUUGGAGAGCUCAAGGAGCAGCAUGCUAGUGACAUUGAAGCGCUGAAGAAGCAGGCUGCAGAUUUCAAGUUGGAGAUUACCGCGCAUGAGGCUGCACGCACUGCGGAGGUGGACGCGAAGAUGGGUGCUCAGGCUCGUGAGCUGAAGGACCUGGCGGAUCAGUUUACAGCUUUCAAGACGAAGAUGGAGAACGAGGAGGGUGCGCGCAGUGCAUCGGACGCGAAGACGGAUAAGGAGAUUCAAGUGGCCCUGGGGCAGAUGAGAAUGGAUUUAGAGACCGCACUGGAGGAUCUCGAGGAAAAGUCACCAGAUUUCUCGUCCAAGGAGCCGGAAGCUCCGUUGUGGAAAAAGCUCCUUCACUCAUUUGGAUUUGCAGGCCCCACGCCUUCAUCGAAUGAUCUUGUUCAUGAGGUUGGGGAGCUGAUUAAGACGGCCAGAUCUCUGGCUUUUAAGCAGAUGGUCAUUUGGGCAUUGCAGGAUCAUCAAACGUUUCCCCUCAACGACUUUUUGGAGAAGGUGCACGAGCUGGCCGCGGCCGUGGGAAUCAAUAUAUCGUCUGACCGCGGCCGUGAGAACCAAGAAAUGCGUCAAGAAGGAGCGCACCAAGAAAAAAACACGAUGCAUGGUAACAAGCUACUUACGACUUUUUGCGUCAGGUGCAAGCACUCCUGACAGAUCUUCAACGAAUAACUCUAGUUUCUUUGUGGCCAGCCACUUCUAGCAUGAAUAAUGUUCAUGUUGUGGGUGAUUCCAUCAUCAAGAAUAAAUGCAGUCGCUUCGAAAAAUAAAAGGUGAUGAGUCGUGUAUGGCGGACCAUCGCACCCAAAGUCUGUGGCUCAGGACAUUAGAAGAGCCCUCGACCAAACUCAAUACACGAGAAACUGCUCAAGGGAUUUGGAGGGGAAGAUGGCAAGUAUGUCCCUACUACAAUUGAAACCGCUCCCGCAGCUCCUAGAGUACCCCUUGAACCUGACGCACUAGCAGCAUCCAACAAAGAAAGAAUGUCUCUGCUAGGCAGUUUGCAAUACGGAUACCCCUUCACUGCUACAAGGCCAGGCUUGUGCGUCGCGUUGAAAGUCCUCGCUGCUUCGGAUACCA